AGAAUUGCUAACAAAUGUUCUAUCUCUCUGUUUCUCUCUCUCUCUGUUCUGAGUGAUUCAUCAAAACAAUAAUAAUGUCGACAUUCGCUCUGGAGCCUCUUGGUUACCAUUGUCGCAGAGAACACCCCAAUUUUCGCCCAAAUUACAAAAAGUCCAAAGCAUUUUCAUUAAAUUACACUCCGAGACCGAGACGAAGACCAAGACCACUCUCCCAUGGCUCGAUCUUCUGCAACUUCAGACCUCCUCUCUCUCUUCCUCUCAGAGCUACCUCCACAAAUACAGCUCUGGUGGAGGAGACCUUUGAAUCUGAGGAAGUUCUCUUCAAAGAGACAUUUCCCUUGAAACGAACUCAAAAGGGUGAGGGAAAGAUAUCUAUCAGAUUGGAUAAUGGGAAAGACCAAGAAAAUUGGCAGCUCACAGUGGGAUGUAAUCUUCCAGGGAAGUGGGUUCUUCACUGGGGAGUAAACUAUGUCAAUGACUUUGGCAGUGAAUGGGAUCAACCUCCUGUUGAGAUGAGGCCUCCGGACUCUAUUCUCAUUAAGGAUUAUGCAAUCGAGACUCCUUUGAAGAAAUCAUCAGCAGUGGUGGAAGGAGAUUUGUAUUAUGAAGUGAAGAUCAAUUUUAGUACCAACAGAGAUAUUGCAGCUAUAAAUUUUGUUUUGAAGGAUGAGGAAACUGGAGCUUGGUAUCAGCACAAAGGAAGAGACUUCAAGGUGGUUCUCAUUGACAACCUUCACGAAGAUGGCAAUUUUGUUGGAGCCAAAAAGGGCUUGGGUAUAUGGCCAGGGGCUUUGGGACAGCUUUCUAGUGUGCUUCUCAAAUCAGAAGGAGCUCAUCCCAAGGGUGAAGACAGCAGUGAAAGUAGAUAUCCUAAUCAGAAAAACAAGAGCCUUGAGGGGUUCUAUGAGGAGCAUUCUAUCGUAAGAGAAGUUCUUAUUAGUAACUCAGUAACUGUUUCUGUCAGGAAAUGUCCGGAGAUGGCCAAGAAUCUUCUGUAUAUGGAAACGGAUCUACCUGGAGAUGUUGUUGUUCACUGGGGUGUUUGCAAGGAUGAUGGUAAGAAGUGGGAGAUUCCAGCUGAGCCAUAUCCUGCUCUUUACUACAUAAGGACCCUAGUAUUCAAGAAUAAGGCAUUGCGGACGCUGUUAAAGAAAAAAGGUGGGCAUGGUGGUUCAAGUUUAUUUACUUUGGAUGAAGGAUACCUCGGAUUUCUUUUUGUGCUCAAGCUAACUGACAACACAUGGUUGAAUUAUAUGGGAAAUGAUUUUUACAUACCCCUUUCAAGUUCAAGUGGCUUGUCUGCAAUAUCUAGGCAUGGCCAAUCUGAAGGUCAGGUAGAGACAAAUCAAGUAGCUUCUCCUGCCACAUAUACUGAUGAAAUCAUCGAUGACAUAAGAAAUUUGGUGACUGAUAUUUCCUCUGAAAAGGGUCAAAUUAGAAGGAUGAAAGAAGCUCAAGAAAGCAUUCUUCAAGAAAUCGAAAAGCUGGCUGCAGAAGCCUACAGCAUCUUCAGAAGCUCUAUUCCAACCUUUGCAGAGAAAGUUGUGCUGGAAGCUGAGGAAAUAGUACCCGCUGCCAAAAUAUGUUCAGCAACAGGUUCAGGAUUUGAAAUUCUCUGCCAAGGAUUUAACUGGGAAUCUCAUAAAUCUCGAAGAUGGUACAUGGAACUCCAUGAAAAAGUUGCAGAAUUAUCUUCUCUUGGUUUCACUGUGGUUUGGUUACCACCGCCCACAGAUUCUGUGUCACCUGAAGGAUACAUGCCAAAGGAUUUAUAUAACUUGAAUUCCAGAUAUGGGAGUACUGAUGAGCUGAAGGGUCUUGUGAAGAGAUUCCAUCAAGUUAAUGUAAGAGUUCUUGGAGAUGCUGUCUUAAAUCACCGCUGUGCAGAGUAUCAGAAUCAAAAUGGUGUCUGGAAUAUUUUUGGUGGUCGUCUAAAUUGGGACGAUCGUGCAGUUGUUGCAGAUGAUCCGCAUUUCCAGGGAAAGGGAAACAAGAGUAGUGGAGAUUGUUUCCAUGCUGCUCCAAAUAUUGAUCAUUCACAAGAAUUUGUGAGGAAGGAUCUCAAAGAAUGGCUAUGUUGGCUGAGGGAAGAAAUCGGGUAUGAUGGAUGGAGGCUUGAUUUUGUUCGGGGAUUUUGGGGAGGAUAUGUCAAGGACUAUAUUGAAGCAAGUGAACCUUACUUUGCUGUAGGCGAGUAUUGGGAUUCCCUCAAUUACACAUAUGGUGAGAUGGAUCACAAUCAAGAUGCACAUAGGCAGAGAAUUGUUGACUGGAUCAAUGAUACUAAUGGAACUGCUGCUGCUUUUGAUGUCACGACAAAAGGAAUUCUUCAUGCUGCACUUGAAAGAUGUGAAUAUUGGCGAUUAUCAGAUCAGAAGGGAAGACCUCCAGGGGUUGUUGGGUGGUGGCCAUCCCGGGCUGUUACGUUUAUAGAAAAUCAUGAUACUGGUUCUACUCAGGGUCAUUGGAGAUUUCCAGGUGGAAAGGAGAUGCAAGGGUAUGCUUACAUCCUGACUCAUCCUGGAACACCAGCAGUUUUCUAUGAUCACAUUUUCUCUCACAUGAAAUCUGAAAUUUCGGAACUUAUCUCUUUGAGAAACCGGAACAAAAUCCAUUGUCGGAGUACGAUUAAAAUAACAAAGGCAGAAAGGGAUGUUUAUGCAGCUGUGAUCGAACAAAAAGUGGCAAUGAAGAUAGGUCCAGGCCACUAUGAGCCCCCAAGUGGGCCUGAAAGAUGGUCUUUGGCUAUAGAGGGAAGAGAUUACAAGGUCUGGGAAGCAUCAUAAAAAUAUCAUUGUAUCAAAGCAUAUGAAGCUCAUUGAAGAACAUUUUGACCCAUGAGGUACAAUUACCUUACCUACAAAUUAAAUUGAAACUUCCCCCUGAUAGUAUACAUCACUUGAAGAUGGUGUGGCUGCUGUUUGAGAUAUGUUACCAUGGCUGAUUAAGUGAUAAGAUAUGGGAAUGGAUCAGACUCAAAUUAUAUAUAUCUAUAUAUUACAUUUAUAUGUUGGAAUACUAGGUGUAAACUCUUGAACAUAAACAUGCUUGAGGGUAUAUUAUAAGAUCUGGGACCAAAAAUUUAAAAUAUGUAUACUAUACAGUUAUACCAUAGCCAAAGAUGCUUAUUGUAUUUGUUCUUAUUAAAUAAAAUAAGUGAUUUAUCCUAA